CUCCUCCUCCUCCUCCUCUCUUGGUGGAUAACGGUGUCCAAGAAGUUAUUCAGGACCGACACAGACAAUAGAGUCUGUCUUGGGCUUUGAUACGCUUCCAUCACUUCUUAUUAAUGCUGUCCGCGUCCGCAUUGUGUCACACAAAGAGGGAAACAACCGGCUGAGAUCACAUCAUGGACGAUCUGGACGCCCUCCUCGCUGAUCUGGAGAACACCGGCUCUCCUCUGGCUCGGUGUCCUGUCCUUCUGACCUCUGACCCUCCACAAAAUGCUGAGCCUGAAACCCAAGAGUCUGCCGAAACCCGGCCGCCGCCGCCCGCCUACACCCCACAGCAGACUGUUUCUGCUGCCAUGAAAUCUUCCCAGAACUCCAACCCAGACAAAUUAUACAGCACAGUGUGUAAACCGCGCUCUCCGCGCACAGCAGAUCCUCCGCCGGCCUUCUCCUCCUCCUCGCUGCUGGGAGGAGGUCUGAGUGAACUGGACCAUUUGCUACAGGAGCUGAAUGCCACCCAGUUUAACAUCACAGAUGAGAUCCUGGCCCAGUUCCCUUCUUCUAAGAAAGAUGACAGGGACAAGAUCAAGGAUAAGGCCCCGAGCUCCUCCUCCAGCACUGCGAAGCCUUCAGCGACAUCAGCCACACUGGAAUUGGACAAACUGAUGGCUUCUCUGUCAGACUUCAGAGUCCAGAGCACACCAGCUGCGCCUGUCAAUCCAGUGGUGACGGCACCACCUCAGCCCACCCCCCCACCACAGGCCUCGUCCGGCGGCUCAUUGGACAGCAUGCUGGGGCUGCUCCAGUCGGACCUGAGCCGACAAGGAGUUCAAACUUCCUCCAAAGGAAACUGUUCGGCUUGCCAAAAGCCGGUCGUAGGACAGGUGGUAACGGCUCUUGGGAAGGUUUGGCACCCAGAGCACUUUGUGUGCACCGAGUGUGAGAUAGAGUUAGGCAGCCGCAACUUCUUUGAGAAGGACGGACGGCCGUACUGCGAGUCGGACUACUUCACCCUCUUCUCCCCUCACUGUGCUCAAUGCAACAAGCCCAUUCUGAAUAAAAUGGUCACCGCUCUGGAUAAGAACUGGCAUCCAGAGUGUUUCUGCUGUGUAAAGUGCAGCCGGGCGUUCGGAGAGGAAGGUUUCCAUGACCGUGAAGGACAGCAGUACUGCCAGCAGUGCUUCUUGAAUCUGUUUGCUUCUCGCUGUCAAGGCUGCAGCCAGCCCAUCCUGGAAAACUACAUCUCAGCCCUCAACUCUCUCUGGCACCCACAGUGCUUCGUGUGUAGGGAGUGCUACAGCCCCUUCGUCAAUGGCAGCUUCUUCGAACACGAGGGUCAGCCGCUGUGUGAGGCCCACUAUCACCAGUCCCGUGGCAGCAUGUGUCAGGCCUGCCAGCAGCCCAUCUUGGGCCGCUGCGUCACCGCUAUGGGGGCCAAAUUCCACCCCCACCACCUCGUGUGUCACUUCUGCCUGAAGCCCCUGAGCAAAGGCUGCUUCAAGGAGCAGGAGAACAAGCCCUACUGCCACCCCUGCUUCAUCAAACUCUUUGGUUGAGGACACAGCAGUACUUUGCCUCCCCCUCCUCCUCUGGGCCUGCCACAUGAAGAAGCUGUAUGACUCUGAGCUCUCAUUUUUGUUUGUUUUUUAUUGUGGGAAUGAGGGUGGAGCUGGUCUCUUUCUUGGAUUUAAGAAUUUUAGAGCUGAUAGAGCGAGGGGAAUAAAAAGCAAAUCUUCCAACCCAAUUAAUUUCUGUUUAUUUCACAAUAAAAGUGGAAUGCAUUUUGACUUGCAGUGUGAAAUACAACUCUAGCAUUGGUUAGACGAAUACAAAAUGAUGCCAAAUGAUUUUGUCAUGUAAGCAUACUGUAUUGAUUCAAAUUGAAUAUUGAAAAUUGAAUUAUUUUGCCAAAGGUAGAAAAGAAACAGUAUAUUAAGAGCAAAUGUAUUGUUUCAGUAAAUGACUUGUGCAAAAAAAUCCCCUUUAAUAUAUUUGCUUUAUAUUGCAAAAAUAUAAGUGCCACUGCAAUUGCAUUUUUUUAUAUUAUAUGCUGACUGCUAUAUGCUGUAUGUUUUGUGUAAGCUCUCAUAUGUUUAAUGUCAUAUUUUGCAUUAUACUUUCACUAUUGCUCUAUGCAAUUUGCCAAAAACAAUUCCAAAGAAUGAAAUAAAGGAGAACACAUUUGUUA